UACAGAAUCGUUCAAUGUCGCAAUUCACAGCAUGGCAGCAUCCGUUCGACUUACUUGUUUACGAUACAUUUUCAGGUGGAAAUUUAGAAAUGAAAGAUAUUUACAUUCCAAUGUAUCUAGUUUUGUUCAAAAAAACAAAUAUAGCGUUCGAACGUUUUCUUUGAGUCCCGCUGUGUGGAGCGGGGAAUACGAAUGGCAGGAUCCAAAGUCAGAAGACGAAGUUGUAAAUAUAACCUUCCUUGACAAAGAAGGGAAACAGAGGCCAGUCCGGGGGAAGGUGGGUGAUAAUGUCCUUUACUUGGCUCACCGCUAUGGAAUCGAGUUGGAAGGUGCAUGUGAAGCAUCAUUAGCUUGUUCAACAUGCCAGGUUUAUGUCCAAGAAGAGUAUUAUGAUAAGCUGUCAGAGGCCAAGGAAGAGGAGGAGGAUAUGCUGGACAUGGCUCCUGGAUUGAAGCCUAAUUCUCGCCUGGGCUGUCAAAUCAUCUUGUCACACGAUCUUGAAGGCAUGGUUCUUAAACUUCCUACCAUCACGCGUAAUUUUUACGUAGAUGGCCAUGUUCCACAGCCUCACUGAUUUAGAUACAAAUGUAGCUGCUGCUGUGUACAUUAGCGAAUGGUGUUGUGUAUUAUUAGAUGUAACUCGCCAUAUGACAAAAAAAUAAUGAUCAAAACCUUGUGAGGAGUGAAGGCACUUGUUCCAUUAUGUAAUCGGUAAAGCACAAUGAACGGCGGAAGAAAGAUGAGGGGACAGUUUGCUGCAGAAGAAUUGCCAAUCUCGGUUGAAGGAUGGUGACACGGAGCAAAUAAUAAAGAAUUCAGCAAAGCAGGGAGGAAGAAGAGUAGAUUUUUUUAUAUCUGCCAAUCGAUCGGAA